AUGUUUCAGAUAAACACGGUGCUGUUUACGGCACUGGUCUACAGUGCAAGUGCAGGAUUAUUAGGCGGCGGUCACGACUCCUAUGUGUCAUCAGCAUUAAGUGCACCAUCCGCCUCCUACGGUCCACCUUCAACUCUUUAUGGACCACCAGAGCACCACCUUGAGUCAGGACCAGUAGCAGAAUUAAGUGGACACUCAAGUGGGCUCGAAGCUAAUCUUGAAGAUCAUGGUCACGCUCUCGAAAGCGCUCCAUUACUAGAAAGCCCCGUUGCCAGUGGAUAUGGUUACAGCAGCCAUGCUGCCUCCGCAGUCGAGAGCAGUGGUCACGGUAGCAUAGACAUCGGUGGUUAUGAAGGCGCAGAACUCGAAGGUGGUGAUAUCGGUGGUGCUCUUGAAGGUGGUGCUUUAGAAGCUGGUGCUAGCGCUGGUGCUGCAAUUGAAGGCGCAGCUAUAGAAGGUGCUGCUCUAUCUGGCGCUGGUCUUUCGGGUGCUUCUCUAUCGGGCGCUUCUCUUUCGGGUGCUUCUCUAUCGGGCGCUGCUCUAGGUGGCGCUGCCGUCGGUGGUGCUAGAGUUAUUGGUUCUUAUGUUUCUGUCGGUCACCCAGUCGCUGAGGCAUCCAGAUACGAACUCCAAUCCGUUGUACAGAACGUCAUCCGCCGCGUGCCAGUUGAAGUAACUCGUCACGUCAAAGUAGCUGUACCCCAUCCAGUGCCAGUCCCCGUUCCCCACAAAGUCAAGGUACCAGUUCCCCAACCCUACCCCGUGCAUGUAGAUGUCGUCAAGCACGUACCUUACCCAGUAUACAAGACUCAACACGUUGAAGUUGAAAGACCAGUGCCAGUUGAGGUUGUGAAGGAAGUGCCUUUCCCUGUCAUCAAGAAAGUCCACGUACCUGUUGAAAGGCCAGUGGAGGUAAUCAAGAAAAUCCACGUGCCAAUCGAAAAGCACGUUGAAGUGCCAGUGGCAGUAUGGAAACCCUACCCCAUCCACAUCAUCAAACACGUUACCCACUACAAGAAAAAGAGCUGCUGCUGGUGAAGCGAAGAGUCGUGAUUGUGCCAAAUAGUCAAUAUAGAUAAUGUAAAUAAUAGUCAUUAGUUUGUACAUAUGUAAAAUAG